AGAAAUACGGUUAGGGUAUAAAAUCUGCCGGACCUCACUGUUCAUCGUCUAUUUCGAGUAUUAUUUACAUCAUCCGCAACUUCGCUGUGUAAUCAAUAGAUCCUGGAUCUUUUGAAUACUUUGGUAUUUUAUAUACUGCAUAUUGUUUGACGUUUUGACAUUUAGAAGUCAUUACUACGACUGCUUUCACCACUGGGUCAUCAUAUCAAACCAUCAAUAUCUUCACAGCCGAUCAAGUGACCGAUUCAAAUCAAGAUGUCGAAGCCAUCCACACCAGAGUUGAAAAAGUAUAUGGACAGGCGGCUAUUCGUGCAGCUGAAUGGCUCGAGGAAAGUUAUUGGUGUUCUACGAGGCUACGAUGUCUUUCUGAAUUUAGUGCUCGAUGAUGCGGUCGAGGAAAAGGAUGGCGGUGAAAAGAUCAGGAUUGGAACUAUUGUCAUCAGAGGAAACUCCGUGGUUAUGAUGGAGGCACUGGAACGAGUAUCCUGAUCGGAUAGCGAUAUGAAAUUCGACUAGGAUGCGACUUAUGUUUCUCGAUCGCGUUUCUGGGCGCGUUGUUAACUAGAACCUAUCCUUAGAAUAGCGUUUACAUGUAUAUUAUGUUUUGUCUCGUCAAAUACAGCUUUGUUCUGCCUUUGAAAACACCAGUGUUCGUUGUAGGCAGAUCCUUCUCGACAUACAAAACCGAAACCAAGGACAAGCAGGAUACGGCUCCUACUUACAGCACACACAGCGACCUGACAAUAACACUCUCGACCAAGGAAUCGUCAGAUACAAAUGUAGACGACUACGAACAGCUGAUAUCCCUCCAAUCCCUUUGUUAGCAAUACUCCGUGAACGUUUAAACAUUUUUAUCAAACCUAAUUUGUAUAGCAUUUUACUACACGCUAGCCAUAUUAAGAUUAGCUUUAAAGCAUAUAUAGGGUUAGGAUGGCC